UGUUUAUAAACAAAACAAAGUAACUGUGAAGAGAAAAAACCAAACAAAACAGUUCUUAGAAAUUUGCAACAGAGUAUUUUUCGCUGUAAUAUUAAUAAUUAAGAAUGUACGUGUGGAUGAAAUUAGCCUGAAAAGUAGUAAAAUGAACAAAUUAUUGAAACUAGACCAACCUCAUGGGCUAGGAUACGUAAAUAUAUGUUGGCAGAAAGGCAGCGGUGGAUAUUUAGCCACCACUGGUACCGAUAAUUCGGUAGCUAUAUUCAAUCGAAAUGGCAAACUCAUCGAACGACUGUCUUUACCUGGGAUGUGUAUAGAUUUCGGCUGGGAUAGAGACGGCGAUAUAUUGGCCAUAAUUAGUUUCAAUUCGACAACUUUAUUUUUAUGGGAUUCGAAUACGCAUCGAAAACAUCAAUUGGAUUGCGGUUUACGAGAUUCUCUAAGCUGUGUUUUAUGGUCUCAAAAUGGGCACACGCUGGCUGUUACUACUGUCAAAGGAAACGUUUGUAUUUACAAUCAUACAACGAGCAGACGUAUUCCAAUUUUGGGCAAACACUCGAAAGCGAUAACCUGUGGAAAAUGGAACUCGGAAAAUUUACUCGCUUUAGGAUCAGAAGACCGCACAAUAUCUAUCAGCAAUAUCGAAGGCGAUACUUUGAAAAUAAUCUCGCUGAGAGCAGAACCAACGCAGAUAGCUUUUUCAGAGAUGAAAGUAGACGAAAGAUGUCCGGGUGAAAACACAGUUAGUGUAAUUGUGGGCAAACGGACGUUAUUCUUGUUUAAUUUACAAGACCCGGAGAAUCCUGUAGAGUUAGCGUUUCAAAACCGUUACGGUCACAUCAUAUCCUAUCAGUGGUACGGCGAUGGUUAUAUUUUGAUCGGAUUUUCUGAGGGAUAUCUCAUAUCAAUUUCAACUCACAAGAAAGAAAUUGGUCACGAAUUAUUCAUGUCGAAGAAUCAUCGAGAUAAAUUGACUGAUAUUGCAUUAUCGGUUACAAUAGGUCGAGUUGCUUCUUGUGGCGAUAACUGCAUUAAAGUUCACGAGAUUAGUUCAUUAACUGAAACGCUGGCUGUGGUCACCAUCGACGAUGAUAGCGGUAUAGAGAAAUUGGCCUGGAGCGAAGAUGGCCAAUUACUAGCAGCUGCUACCACAUACGGAUCUGUUGUCAUGUAUUUAUCCAAGUUGCCAAUGUUGGCUUCAGCUUAUCUAAAUUACAUCUGCGUUUUGACCAGUUUAUCACAAAUCACCAUUUAUCUCCAUUCGCUAGAAAAGGGAUCGCAGCCAGAAUCUAUAAUAAUGAGCACUGAUAUAGAACCAAGUUUCCUGUGUAUUGGACCUUAUCAUUUGGCAGUCGGAAUGAAUAAUCGGAUAUGGUUCUAUGAUCUUGAUAAUAACAAAGAAGACGAUAAUGUAAAACCAGUAUUGAAGAUGCCCAAGAUUUUAGGUGAUAAAGAGUACUUGGGAAAUGUAACCAGUGUGUGUUUAAAUGCUGAAUACGCUUCUGUCUUGUUUGAGGGCAGGAUACAUCUACAUCAGAUCGACGCUUCGAGUAAUCCAAACAAUGAAAAUGAAAUGCAAAUAUUUCCCGAUGAAAACGAAAACAUGAGAAUCACCAGUCAGUGGUUAACAUCGGAAUUUCUGAUUUAUGGCACCGAUGCUGGUCAUAUUCGAUACUUCUGUAUCGAAGAUUGGAAUCUAGCUAUAGAUUAUCAACACAGCGAACCGAUCAAAUCAGUUUAUCCAAAUCCGGAUGGAGUCCGAUGCGUAUUUAUUGACGAAAAGAAUAAUGGUCAUUUUUACAACCCAGUCAACGAUACUGUAUUGAAAAUACCUCGAUUUCCAACCGGUGCUGCUGGAGCUGUGUGGGAAAUAUCUCAUAAUGAACGUCAAGUAUUCGUGAUUUAUGAUUCGAAAACCGUCUACAGUUAUGUUUACAUAAGGGAUUCGAUCGAUGGACCUACAGUGAAUCAUAUCGGUGAAACCAAGUUGCCCAAUUCCCAUAUGCCUUUAUUACUCAAUCAAGGUGAACUUAUAUCAGAAAGUCCAAAUGGGAAAAUAUCGCAUUUAUUACUGAGUACACAUCUAGUAUCAGCUUCAUUGGUGAAAAAAGAUCAACGAACGAGUUUAGAACAAAAUCUGAAUAAACAUUUGGAUCUGCUGAGGUUUUCCGAAGCUUGGAAUUUAUGUCGUGUUAUCGAUACGAAAGAAUGUUGGUUAAAAUUAGCCAAAGCUGCGCUGGAUAAUUUGAAUAUAGAAAAAGCAAUUGAUGUAUACAGCGAGCUACAAGAUGUAGGAAUGGUUAUGUCGUUAAAAAGUCUGAAAUACGUGGAAGAUAAAAAAUCACUAGCCGGCCAUAUAUGUAAAUUUUUAGGAAAUUUCGAUAAAGCUCAAGAACUCUACCUCGAAUCUAACGACCCAGUUGAAGCAUUAUACAUGCGUCAAGACCUAUUGCAAUGGGACAUUGCUCAUCAACUAGCUGCCACUUUAGCACCUGAGCAAAUACCUCGCAUUUGUAAAGAAUACGGACAGCAAUUGGAACUUACGGGUCGUCAUCACGAAGCCUUAAGUUAUUACGAACAAGCUCUUCAAAACGAAGAAACUCUUGAUGAAAAGCAUGUUCUUAGCUGUUACGCUGGUAUCGCUCGAGCAUCGAUCAAUUGUGGAGAUUAUCAGAGGGGAUUAAAAAUAGCAAUGGGUCCGAAAUCUUCGAAACAGCUGCUCAACGAAUGCGGUGAAUUAUUAGAACAUGCCAAGAAACUCAACGAAGCUGCUCUGGUAUACGAACAAGCUGAAAAUUUCAACCAGGCUGCAUCUUGUUUUAUUCGACUGAAAAAUUGGACAAAAAUUGGCACUUUAUUACCUCGAGUGACUUCUGGUAAAAUUCACGGCCAAUUUGGCAAGGCUAUGGAAGCAAUGGGUAAUUACAAAAGAGCAGCUAGCGCAUAUAAGACAGCUCGCGAUUACGAUAAUAUGAUCAGAAUUACACUCGAUCGACUAAAUGAUCCUCAAGAAGCGGUUAAAAUAGUCCAAGAUACCAGGAGUGUCGAAGGAGCCAAAAUGGUGGCAAAACAUUUCCAAAAAGUAGGUGAUUUUGUGUCAGCAGUAAAAUUUCUGAUUAUGUCUGCUUGUUACGAAGACGCUUUCAAAUUAGCUCGAGAUCAUAACCAGUUAGAAUUAUACGGUGAAUUGUUAAUCGACGAGACUUCUGAUGGAGAAGUUCAAACUGAAUUUUUAGCACUGGCUUCGCAUUUUGAAAACGAAAGCAAUUCUUUGCUAGCUGGAAAAUAUUUUUAUUUUGGAAAGCAGUAUCGAAAAGCUGUGAAAUAUUUAUUGAUGGCUGCGAAAGAAAGUCCUGAGAAUGAAGAAGCUCUGUCAUUAGCGAUCGAUGUGGUAGCUGCGUCUCAUGAUGAUUCACUCACCAAUCAAGUCAUCGAGUUGUUACUUGGCGAAGUUGAUGGUGAAGCUAGGGAUCCCAAAUUCAUAUUCCGUUUAUACAUGGCCAAAAGAGAAUACAUGGAAGCAGCUAAAACUGCUGUUAUUAUAGCCCAAGAAGAACAAAUAAGUGGAAACUACCGCCAAGCUCACGAUAUUCUAUUCACGAUGUGUUGCGAAUUGAAGCUAAAUGAUCUGAAAGUCAGCUCUGAAAUGAUGUCUAGUCUUAUGUUAUUACAUUCUUACAUAUUAGUUCGUCUCCAUGUGAAAAGAGGCGAUCACGUGAAAGCAGCAGUAUUACUGGUUCGAGUAGCUGAUAACAUUUCCAAAUUUCCUGCUCAUGCUGUUCCUAUUCUCACUUCGACUGUGAUAGAAUGUUAUCGUGCCAAUAUGAAAUUAAGCGCUUUUAAUUUCGCAUCAAUUCUUAUGAAACCCGAGUACAGGCAACAAAUCGACGAAAAGUACAAGAAGAAAAUCGAAGGAAUAAUUAGAAAAGCACCUCGAGGUGAUCAACUCGCGGAUGAAAUUAGACUCGAGAUGAGCCCAUGUCCUUAUUGUGACAGACUUUUGCCCUGCACUGACUUGAAUUGCAAAAGUUGCCAGAGCACGUUGCCAUUCUGUAUCGCCACAGGAUGGCAUAUAACGAAAGAUGAUUUGACUGCUUGCCCCAGUUGUAAUUUUCCAGCUUUGUAUUCGGAAUUAUUGAGUAUUCUGGAAACAUCUGAUCGAUGUCCAAUGUGUAGUGAAACUAUCGAUAAAUCGAAUCUGUCGACGGUGUCUGACAUUCAACAGUAUUUAAACUAGUAUUAUUUUGUUUUGAAAAAAAGUUACCUCGAAAUAAAUAAUUUUUCUUAAA